GAAGAAGUCCAGGCAAGGGUCGAAGCCAUGUUCAGAUGCAGCCCCUGUCUAUGGCAGAUUGAGGUAGCUCGAAGUGUUCUUGCUGGCAAAGACAUUAUAACUGUAGCUCCAACUGGUGCUGGAAAGUCUUUAACAUAUUGGAUCCCACUGGCUUUCACAGACAAGGGCAUAGUGAUGGUUGUACUUCCUUUGGAGAUUUUGCACAACAUGCCCGAAGUGAAGGACCUACAC